CGUCAUCAGCUACUUUGAAGGCAACCAUUAAAUACCUGUUGGCUGUAGUUUAUUUCAUAUCUGUGUUACCUAACUGAUUAGUAGUUUUUUGUUUGUGGGAUUAAUAAAUUUUUUAUUAUAAUCAUGGACAACAAUGCUGGAGGAUCAAGAUAUUCAAAUUCGAAAAUUCAAGAGACCCAGGCUAAAGUUGAUGAGGUUGUUGGUAUUAUGAGACUAAAUGUGGAGAAAGUAAUAGAAAGAGACCAAAAGCUUUCAGAACUAGAUGAUAGAGCUGAUGCGCUACAAAUGGGAGCCUCACAAUUUGAACAACAAGCCCACAGACUAAAAAGGAACAUGUGGUUAAAAAAUAUGAAGAUGUACCUUAUUAUGGGAGGAAUCGGUGCUGUUUUGCUAAUUAUAAUAAUAGUUUGGAUUUCAAGCUCAUUUGGUGAAAGUUCUCAAUGAAAAUGUGGAAAUAAUGACACCAGCAACAGCAUCUGUUAUCUGUUAUAGGUUUAAUAAAAUAUAUUUCCCUACUUCCCUUAACAUCCAUUCCUAUCUGUGGUAGGAUAACAUAAUUUAUAAAUAUUUUAUACCUAGGAAAUGUCUAAAUCUUUCAACCAUACUUUGGUCAUUGUUUCUUUUAUAUUACUUAAAAAAUAUAUUCCUGCCAUAUGAUUGUUAAGUAUUAUUUUUAGGUUUAAUAGCAUUAAUCGUUCAGUUUAUAUUUGUAUUAUUACCGGAUCGUGUUGUGCUAUUAAUUGUUAAUUGUAGAACCUAUUUUUGUUACCCUAUAGUAAAUGAUAAUAUUUUUACUUAAAAAAUGUUCAUAGAAUUUUAUAUUACAUUGGUGAAAUGUAUUAAUGUUGCAUACUUAAAAUCGAUUAUGAAUUUAUGAUUUCUUAUAAAUUUAUAUAAAAAACUAUUAAUUAUACUCAUUAUCUUAGAUUCCUUGUUUUAAUUAUGAAGUGUUUAAAUAUUGAAGAAUAUUUAUUUUUUAUCAAGGUUUAUUGAUUAGUAUAUAAGUAUUAAGAAUAAUUGUAGCUAACGUAGUUAGAAUAAUGGACAGACCAUUAAAUGUAACAAGAAACUAUUCAAGUGCUAUAUCAAAGUUUAUUUUAAUAAAAAAUUAAGAUAAAUUGUUCCAUUCCAGUGAUUAAACUCCAUGAUUUAUAUUUUUGUUUUAUUUCAAACUUGAAGAGCUGGAAGCUUAUUUUCUUAAAUUAUUCACAUGGAUAUAUUAUUUAUUAAAUAAAAUAUUUGUC